CUCUGACCUGGCCGUAUGUCCACUUCUCAGCCUCGUUCUAUACGUGAAACUGUAGCGCGAGUAAGUUUCACAGGAAAAUCAGCUCGUUGACGGGUCUUAUUCUUCUCUUUAUUGUUACUUUGUUAGUCUUGGACCAACCAGUUUUAGAUAGGCUUUUCGGACUUUUUCUCUCUCUCUCUCUCUCUCUCUCUCUCUCUCUUGUUGCGCGCUUUUUGAGUGUUCUUGGAAAUCCUUUGGUUCGAAGCGAAAGUACCUGGAUUGGUGAUCUUUUUCUGAUUCUUUUGGAAAAUCGGUUCUUGGGUUUCUCCAUGAAGGGCUAUCGGUAGUGAGGAUUUGGGUUUUUCAUGAGCAGGAAGAUUAUGCGCUUUUUGUACUGUUCUGCAGAGUUUUUCUUGCUUGUCUAUGGGAGAGCCGCGUGGAAGAUACUCUGAAAGUUAGAGCCUGCUUGAUGUAUGGAUGAAUUUGAAGGAGUUGUUGUGGUUUAAGAGCUGGGUUGUGGCUAUUUUCCGUAGUUAAGAGUCUUUUGUUGUUUGCAAGAUACUGGGAUAGAGGGUUUAUUUGUGGGGAAUUCUCUGGUUUAAGAAUUGGGUUGAUCUCGUUUUGAUUGUAUGAUGUCUUCGGUAGUUCAACCGCUAUCUAUUUAGUUGAAGAAAAGUCUCAGAGUCUAAUUGCUUCCGAGUAAACAGGGGAUUGAGCUUUCUGAUCAUCGUUCUGGUUUUCACGGCGCCGGAUCUAAGCCAAUCCCCUUUUGAAUGGGGUCUGAUGUUGCUGAAGUAGUUGAUAAACUGCCAGAUCCUUCUUCCUUCAAGGUGCAUUCUUUAGUGUGUAUUGAACUUCUGAAAUUGGUUGCUCGGAUAUUAAGAAUAUUUCCAGCUAUAGAAGCAGCUCGCCCUCGAUGCUCAUCAGGGAUACAGGAACUAUGCUCGUUAAACUCUGCAAUUGACAAAGCCAAGCUACAUCUUCAGAAGUGCAGCGACUCUAGUAAACUUUACCUGGCAGUAACAGGGGAUGCAGUACUCUUGCGGUCUCAAAAAUUAAAGAUCUUGUUGGAGCAACGUUUAGGCCAAAUUAAAACUAUGGUUCAAUCUGAGUUGGCUGCUGAGAUCUCUCACAUCAUGGAUGAUCUUAGAAGAGCAACUUUUACCCUGGGCUCAUCUGAAGAAGAGGCUGGUAAGGCUGUGCGAGGAUUGCUCCAGCAGGCCGAUUCUGAGUCAGAUUCACUGGAAAAUUCUCAAGUUAGAGUUCUUCAAUUGGCAGCUUCAGCACUUAAUAUUACAUCCUCGAAGGCUAUCUUGAUAGAGAAACGAUCUAUCAAGAAGCAGCUUGAUAAAGCUAAUGGUGAUCCAAGAAAAACGAAGAUUUUAAAGUAUCUUUUGUAUCUAUUGAAGAAAUAUGGAAACUUAAUCCUGCAAGAGCAAUCAAGUAAUGACCGUGUUCAGAAUGAAGGAGCAUUUGCUUUUGAGAACGGCAGAAAUGGCUCUGCAUAUAGCCAGUCUGUUGAUGUGGAAUCACGUUUAGGAAAUGGGCAUCAUGAGGCUCAAGGCGACAUCCUAAGGAGAGCUAUACCUCCUGAUGAAUUUAAUUGUCAUAUAUCUUCAAGAUUGAUGUAUGAUCCUGUUGUCGUUGCAUCUGGACAAACAUUUGAGAGGAUGUGUAUACAGAAGUGGUUUGAUGAGGGUAAUGACACAUGUCCAAAGACAAAAAUGAAACUGGCCCAUCUGUCAUUGACUCCAAAUACAGCCAUGAAGGAUUUAAUAUCAAAGUGGUGCAUGAGGAAUGGAGUCACCAUUUCUGAGCCAACUAUGCCACAACAAGUACUUCACCCUUGGGAAACUUCCUGCACUUCCAUUGCUAGCUUUGGCAGUUCUAUGAAUGAUCUACGUCUUCCGAUGGAUAUCAGCAAUAUUUCACUUGGGUCUUUAGACACUAGUUACACUUCGGAUUCAUCACGCACUAGGAUAGCAGAUGGCUUAACCUUGAUUCCUAUGCAGACAAAACAUGAGUACAAAUGUCAAUCUUAUGGAAAUAUUCAUGAGGAAGAUUUGGAAUUUCUAUCUAAACUAGCUGGACUUCAGUGGGAAUCCCAAUGCGAAGUUGUUGACAAUGUCAAAAAGCUUCUGGAUUACAGCGAAGAAGCUUGUCAAUAUACAUCAUAUGAAAAUUUUGUGGAACCACUUGUUAGAUUUUUGAAGGAUGCACGUGAUCUGCAUGAUGUAAAAGCUCAAAAAGCUGGAUCUCAGUUGUUGUUGGCAUUUGUGACCAAAGACAGAAGUGGUAUCUCAUACUUACGUGAAGAAGCUUUUAGUCUCUUGGCCACUUUUAUCAAUUCAGAAAUAACAAAAGAAGCUCUAGAGAUAUUGGAAGUGUUGUCUGGCCAUCCGUAUUGUAGAGCUAAAAUUGAAGCAUCUGGUGCUUUGACGUCCAUCCUGAAGAUGCUCGACUCUAAUAACAGAGAUUUCCAAGAAUUGGCCAUUAAAAUUCUGUGCAAUUUGUCCUCAAAUGGUGACAUCUGUUCCCACAUUGUAUCUUUGGAAUGCAUCCCAAAAUUGGUUCCUUUAUUAGCUGAUAGCACUCUUGCGGGCAAUUGUGCUUUUGUAUUGAAAAACUUAUGCAAUGUGGAAGAGGCUAGGGUUUCUGUUGCUGAAACUAAUGGAUGCAUUAGUUCGGUUGCUGGACUACUUUCGGCCAGCAGUCAUGAGGAUCAAGAAAAUGCAGUGGCUGUUCUCCUUUCACUGUGCUCUCAACGUGUUCAGUAUUGUCAGUUGGUCAUGGAUGAGGGUGUCAUUCCUGCUCUUGUUUAUAUAUCUAUCAAUGGUAAUGACAAGGGCAGGGUAAGUGCGUUGGAAUUGCUCCGGUGCUUAAGAGAUGUCGAGUAUGAUAAUGAUCGAGAGUGCCCUGGACCUUAUAUUGAUGCCUCUAGAGACUGCACAGAUCCCUCUAAAGAAAGGAAAUCAACAAAGGCUUCUGCAUUUCGUGGAGUGAUGUCGGCGUUCACAAAAAAGAAGAAAUGAAACUUUGUCUUCAGCUCAUUUUUAACCUAGUGGUAGCUGAAGAUAUGUUAUCAUCAUAUUCUCUUUCUCUGCUAACCUGUAGAGUUUUUUUUUCUGUUUUUAGGGAAUGGAGCAAUGAUUUCAUCAUGUAUAGUUAGUGGGUUGAUGGGUUUUUAGGUUCUAUUAGUGAUUCCCGACAUGUAGUUUUUGUUAGCUUUAAUUAUUACUUCAUGAUGUAUUUGCUGCCAUUUUCUACAUAAUAGCUUGUCAAGAAUGUACAGAUUUGUGUUGUUC